AAUGGAAAUGCAAUGAUACAUAUGCGUGCGUUACUAGUAUGAUAUCAUGGAGCAGAUGUCUUGGCAUUUUCUAUUUCAUUGGGGAAAUUUGUUAGAUCACGUGGAUUGCAUCAUCGUAAGCAAGCUGCAGAGUCGGAAGUAGUAUAUUAAUCGCGGAUAAAUAUCAAGUCUGAGUUCUCCUUCUUCGACGUCACAGUUUUUUGAAAAUAAGUCCACUUCAACGUGUCUCCACGCUGCCCGCUUUCAUUAGACAUGGAAGGCUACAAACUUUCUGCCCCGGUAGAUUGCACGAGUACACUUGACACAGGAAGUUUGAAAAGAAAGACUGCUGUCAUUACCGGAGGUGCAAAUGGAAUCGGAGAAGCAUAUACAAGGGCGCUCUCUGCUGCAGACGUCAACGUAUGCAUCGGGGACAUGGACUCCAAAGGUGGUUCGAAGUUGGCAUCGGAGCUUGAGAACGCCAAAUUUGUGAAGUGUGAUGUGACCAUUUGGGAAGAUCAGCGCCGUCUUUUCACUGAAGCUGCAUCUUUCACGGGAAAGGUGGAUUAUGUUAUCGCCAACGCAGGCAUCUGUGCUCCUGAUGAAGUCUUUACUUUCGCAGGCAAAGGCCAGGAACCCACAGAACCAAAUCUGAAAACAAUCGAUGUCAACUUGAAAGGGACAUUGUACACCACAAAACUGGCUCUUCACUACUUUAUAGAACAAAAUGGAGAGAAGCCAUCGCCUCAGCAAGAGGAUACAUGCUUAGUGCUGAUCGGAUCUGGGGCAGCAUUUCUGGACUGUCUUAGAGGACCUGUAUAUCCGAGCACAAAAUGGGCUGCGCGAGGUAUUAUGCAUUCUCUGCGAAGAACAGCAUUCUACCAUGGCAGCAGAGUUAAUGUCAUCUCUCCCUGGUACGUCAAGACAUCGAUAUUAUCUGCAGAAGCUUUCGCGCACGUGGAGAAGUGCGGGGUAAAAUUCGCGGAAGCAGAAGAUGCAGCAAGUGCUCUUUUGCGAAUCCUAUCUGAUCGAACAAUUAAUGGCAAAUCACUGUUCGUCUCGGCGAGAAAGUGGGCACCAGCAGGGUAUCUAGACUUGGACGUUGAUGAUUACCCUGGGAAUGAGCUGAUCCAGGAAAUUCAGGUGGAUCAGAUGAAAGCAGCUCCUGUGGACAAAGGCUUGUUUCUGCCGUAGAGUAGAUUGUGAAUCUCGAGAUUUCCGGCGUACUGUAACUUUAAAUUUCUCUGAUUUGAUGACUGGCCUUGGGGCGGUGCAAAUGAUGUAAAUAUUCCCCACACAUAUUUUGUACUAAAGGGGCUUCUGGUAGGUCUGUAUUCAAUGCUUAAAUUGCGUUGAUGGAGGGAGAAUUGCAAUUGAACCGUCGCGUUUUGCCUUUUU